AUAUAGGUUUUUGCCGCUAGCUCAACCGCCCGCCCUUGCAAACCGAGAGAGAGAAAGAGAAAGAGCCUUGAGAAGAGCAAUCACCCGUCCACCCCCAAUCUCAAAUCAAAACUCCAAAUAAAUUUUAUUCGAUUCACAAUCACCAAACCCUUCAAAGAAGUAGAAGAAGAAGGGGAUUGUUGAAUUGUUCAGUCGUUCAAUGAGUGGUAGCAGUAAUAGUACUGUUAGACCACCAGCAGAAGACGCUUGGCUUCACACUUACAAGUCCUUACUUCCUCAAUGGAAAUCCAUCUCUCACUCCCACCAGUCAAUAAUCCCAAUUUCGAUAUCCAGAGUUAACCAAUUCGAUGCGGGAAGGCUGGACAUUGAAAUGUCAGCCAUGUUGAAAGAACAGUUGGUUAAGGUCUUCUCCUUAAUGAAGCCAGGAAUGCUAUUUCAAUAUGAAGCAGAACUUGAUGCUUUCCUCGAGUUUCUUAUCUGGCGGUUCUCAAUUUGGGUAGAUAAACCUACUCCAGGAAUCGCUCUCAUGAAUCUGAGGUAUAGAGACGAGCGUGCUAUUGAAGCAAGAGGAAAAGUCAGAACGGGUUUGGAAGGACCUGGACUUACAGUUGCGCAGAAGCUUUGGUAUUGUGUUGCUACUGUUGGUGGUCAAUACAUAUGGGCUCGUCUGCAAUCAUUUUCUGCUUUCCGUAGGUGGGGCGAUUCUGAACAGAGGUCAGUGGCACGAGGAGCAUGGAUUCUGAUACAACGUAUAGAAGGACUUUACAAAGCUGCCUCAUUUGGCAACUUGCUUUUAUUUCUUUACACAGGAAGGUAUAGGAAUCUAAUUGAAAGAGCUUUAAGAGCUAGGCUGGUCUAUGGGAGCCCUAAUAUGAAUAGAGCAGUUAGCUUUGAAUACAUGAACCGCCAGUUAGUAUGGAAUGAAUUCUCGGAGAUGUUAUUGUUACUUCUUCCUCUUCUAAACUCAUCCUCUAUGAAAAAACUUCUUAGUCCAUUUUCCAAAGAUAAAUCAUCAAGUUCAGAAGAGGAUGACCUUACUUGCCCCAUUUGCCAGGCCAGUCCAACCGUUCCAUUUCUCGCUCUUCCAUGUGAGCACAGAUACUGUUAUUACUGCCUUAGGACGCGGUGUGCUGCUGUCCCAGCUUUCAGAUGUUCCAGAUGCAAUGAGCCCGUGGUCGCAAUGCAGCGGCAUGUUAGCGAGCCAAAGCAAUGAUUCGUUACAAUGGAGAAGCAAAGCACUUAAUAAGUACAAGGGUACAAAAUAAUGCUUGAAAGUAGCAUUGCUUUAUUUUCCUCCUCCUAAGAAAAACCUUUGAAUUGGGGGGAAAAUAAAUAUGAAAUUUAGAAAUCAUGUUCCUUUUAGAAUCAUUGAUUCAUCUAUUGAUUAGAGAGAGCUUCAUUCUUUACCCUUUUGAUCCUUGUACGCCCUUGUCUGUUGUACCUUUUUGUAUAUAAUUUAUCUGCUUUGAAACUUAAUGCUAUUCCAUAAAAUAUGUAAUAUAAUUUCAUAUGCAAUUGUGUUUAUAAAAGUCACGAAUCUGGUUAA